UCGACAAGGAAAAAGAUUCUAUUUCGACUGAAUCGAAACAAUCUGUUUUGAUUUCCAACGACAGUCUCAUUGAUAAAAAUAAUGAAGAGACUAACACUUUAACGAAUAAAGACAGUAAUGAAAUUUUAAUUACUAACGACAGUCAUCUUAAAGAAACCAAUUCAAAUAACACAAACGAUAAAUUAACCAAUAACGACAAAGACGAUAGUAAUCACAACAGUGACGACAGUGACAAAAACAAUAAUCAGACCCAAGAUAACAAUAAGGGUGCUAUCAAAAAACGACAGUUAUAAAAUAACUUAAGUUCAGGAUCUUUCAAUUACGAGGUUUACGAGGAUCGUAUAAAUAAUAAAAUGGUUCAGUUGGAAAAAAUGAUGAGCUCAACCUUGGAUAUGCAGUCAAAAUUGCAGGAGACCAUGCAAUUAUGGCUUAAACGCCAUAGUUCAGAAAAUAAGUCGGAAGCAAAUCGACUGCAAACAAUAAUUAAAACUCAUCCUGCCUCUAAAACGACUGCCAUGGCCUCAAUUCAAUAUGCAAAAUCCAAUCAACGACAGUGGAUUAGUCAAAGAUGUUUCGAGUGCGAUGAUUUCGGCCACAUGUCAAACGAGUGUCCCAGAAAAGGCCAAGGUUUACGUAAAUGCUAUGAGUGUCAGCAAUUUACAAAACACAAGGCCUAUGAAUGCGAGCAACGACUGCUUAAAACUAGGGGCAGAGGCUUAACAAUUGCCGGAAUAAACGAUUAG